AUGGAUUCCGCGAAAAUUUAUGUCCGAGCUGCACGUGUAUUCAAAGGAAAGACUGAUCCUGGCCGUGCCGCGAUCGGCGGCCCAGUAGCCGCGAAACGGUACCGGAAGUUGCAGGAGGACUACCAGGAAGCUGCGUCAACCGUUCAGGAACAGAAGCUACUCAUCACUCAGCUGGAGGAGGAUCUGCGAAGCUUCAACGCCGUGUCGUCAAUGUUCCGGGGUGAAGCGGAAGGGGAACCUGUCACCGGAAGUCAAGUUGAGGCGGAUGUAGUUGCAGAAGUAGUGAAAGACGUCAUUCCAGGAGUAACGGCAGGAGAUAAGACAGCGGUUGAUUCCAUUUUGCCGAUUGUUCAGAGUCAGCGGGAACGCUACAGAUUGCGCGCGCAGGAACUUGAAGCACACUCGCUCGGUCAGCAGCAACAGAUCAGUCUCCUUCAGAAUGAGAUAGACAAGCUCCGCUCAGACAAUGUGAAGCUCUACGAGAAGAUCCGAUUCCUCCAGAGUUUCCCAGCCAAGGGAGGACAGGCGUCCUCUGAGGACACGGAGAGUCGUUAUUCCAUGCAGUAUGAGGAGCGGCUGGACCCCUUCUCCACAUUCAGCAGAAAGGAGAGACAGCGGAAGUACAUGAAUCUCAAACCAUACGACAAAAUCACCCUCAGUAUGGGGCGCUUCAUCAUGAGUAACAAAGUGGCCCGGACCAUUGCUUUUUUCUACACCCUUCUUCUGCACAGUCUGGUGUUCUUGGUACUGUACAAGUUGGCCCACACCGAGUCUUGUAAGCGAGACUAUGCGGCGGACUGCCAUGCCAAGUUUGCAGAACACAUGUUUAAGUUGCGUAAUGAAAUUUCGAAUUUCCUCGAUAUAGUUAUGCUGUGUCCUCGUGUGGUAUUCAUAACUGGCGCAAACAGAGGUUUGGGGCUAGAAUUUGUCAGACAGUUUUUGAAGUUAGGAAACCCUCCUGAUCAUCUAUUUGCAACCUGUCGUGACCCCGAAAGAGCUGAGGAGUUAAAAAUUCUGAAAGAAGAGAACGACAGAAUUCAAAUAAUUAAACUAGAUGUGACCAGUCAGACCGACAUCGAUGCCGCGGCCAGACAAGUGGAGGAUCGUGUGGGGGACAGGGGACUGAAUCUACUGAUCAACAACGCCGGCAUGACCAGAAAAAGACAGUACGUCGGUAAUCUCAACCGGGACCAUCUCCUGGAGCAAUUCGACACUAAUGUCAUUGGACCCCUCCUGGUGACACAGUCCCUUAUGCCCCUACUAUUGAGAGCAGCAAGUUUAUACAAUGAACCAGACAGUUGUAAUAAGGCAGCCAUAGUCAACAUCUCCAGCAUACUGGGGUCUAUAGCAGAAAACAAGUCUGGUGGAAUGUACGGGUACCGUCCAUCAAAGGCAGCAAUGAAUAUGGUUACUAAAAGUCUCCAUGAAGAACUGAAAAAUAAAGGAAUUCUCGUGGCGGCAUUACAUCCAGGUUGGGUAAGAACCGGAAUCGGUGGACUGGAAGCUACUUUAUCCCCGGAAGAGAGCAUUAAAGACUGUUUAAAUGUACUAUCGAAAUUAUCAACUGAAAAAUCGGGAUGUCUUUUGUCAAACAAUGGAGAUAAAAUUGAAUGGUGAC